AUGUUUCUUGUAGCUCAAUCUAGGCUCCGCCUCUGGAGAUCCAGUUCCAGUGGCAGAAAGUUGGAUAAAACCCAUACCAGAGGGGAUGGAUCCAGAUCCCUGGCCUCAAUUCUUGAAAAGUGGAAAGAAUAUAAUGAACAACUUGAUGCUUGCAACAACGAGCAUAAACAAGUUCGCAAAGUUCCUGCCAAGGGUUCGAAGAAGGGAUGUAUGAAAGGAAAGGGAGGGCCAGAAAACUCGAGAUGUAACUACAGAGGUGUACGGCAGAGGACAUGGGGGAAGUGGGUUGCCGAAAUUCGGGAGCCAAACAGGGGUAGUAGGCUUUGGCUAGGUACGUUUCCGACUGCCAUUGGAGCUGCUCUUGCAUAUGAUGAAGCUGCGAGAGCAAUGUAUGGUUCCUCUGCCCGUCUCAACUUCCCCAACAUUAAGAUCUCCUGUUUCUCAAAGGAAUCGACUGAGGAUUCUUCUUUAGCUGCAAUACCAUCAGUUUCUUCAUCAGGGGCAGUUCCAUCAGGUUCAGAGUCCACAACAACAUCAAACGACUCUGAGGUUUGUGCUAGCACGGGCAUUGAUCUGAACCGUAAUUCCCCUAGUGUAAAGUGUGAUGUUGGGGUGGGUGAAUCAAAGAUCAAUUGUUUGCCUCCUCAAGUGUUAUGAUGGAUAUUUUCUUUUUCAUAUUUUUACUUGAUAUUGAUGCUUCACUGAGCUAUAAUAUUUCUUCUUUGUUCCUUCGGUGGGAUGGAUGUGCUCCGACCUCUUUAAUCAAAUGAUCAUUUGAUAUGUUAUGCUUGA